CUAUUAUUAUUAUUUUCAGGUCUUUUGCUGGGAUGGAGUCAGUUAUACGCCGCACUCAGGAUACUCUGGGGAAGGUGAUCAGAAAACCUCCACUCACCGACAAACUACUCGGAAAGCCUCCGUUUCGGUAUUUGCACGAUAUUUUCACUGAGGUGAUCCGAACUACUGGGUUUUUCGAGGGUUUGUACCCAGAAUCAGAACUGAAAUCUGAUAAUGUAAAGGAUAAGGAUGCCAAGAUCAGCUUCCUGCAGAAGGCCAUCGAUGUGGUUGUGCUGGUGACUGGGGAACCUCUAGCUGUGAAGCCUGCUAGAGUUGUAGCUGGACAUGAACCAGAACGUACCAACGAGCUUCUGCAAGCAAUCGGCAAAUGCUGCUUGAACAAGCUGUCCAGUGAAGAUGCUGUCAGAAGAGUUCUGGCUGGUGAGAAACCAGAACUCAAAGGAAAGCCACCGUCAACGACCAAAUCUCAGGACAAAAAAGAUGCCAAACCAGAAGAGCGGCGCACCCACAGGGAGACUGAUGACAAAAGAGAACUUGAUAUUAGGGAGAGAAGCGGAAGUAGGGAGAGGAAAGAAAGACAGCGACAGCAAGAAGUGGAGCAGAAACAUCCCGAGAGGGUGAAAGAACAAAGGAAGGAGAGAGAUGGAGCAAUGGAGAAAGAUGGAAUCCGGGAAAGGGAAAAAAAUGACAAAGAAAAAAGAACAAGCGAGAGUCAACAUGAAACCGAAAAAGACAGAACCAAAGAGAAAUCUAGACGCGAGAAAGGCAAAGAGAGGAGAAGUGAAGGCAGCAGAGGAAAAGAGAGGGAGAAGGACAAAAGCAAGGAUCGAGAGAGAGGACGGGAAAGAGAUAGAGACCAUGAAAAGGAGAGGCACAGGGAGAAGGAUCUUGAAAGGGAAAGGAGAAAAGAACGUAUGAGAGAUGAGGAAAGUCAAAGAGCAAGAGAUGAAGAAACUCGUGAUGACCCAGAGAGGCUGGAAAAUAAGCAUAAAAGACCAGAAGAACAUACAAAGAAAGCUUCAGCUAUCUCUGCGAAAGAGAGCAAGUCUGCAGCAGAUAGAGAGGUGCUUACGAGUUCCACAAAAAUCACUCGGCCUUCUGCCUCAAAACUUCGAGAGAGACGACCAGCCAAAGGGGAAGGAGAAGGGGACUCGGGCAGUGAUCAAGAGGUCCCAUCCACACAGACUCUCACUCCUGAAAAUGCAGAUGCUGUAGAUGGUCAAUCCAAUAUGAUUGCACAAAGGCGUAUCCCUCGUCCUGGAAGUGCACGGCCUGCUCCGCCAAGAAUCAAACACCAGGGCAGCACAGACACUCCUGUUCCAGAAAGGGUCAGCAGUGGAAAGGCUGUUUCUGGUGUCAUUGUAGACCAGCAAAAAAAGGAAGACGAUGACGAGGAGUUUAUAGUGGAGGAAGCAUCACCACAACCGCCAGAUAUGCCUGAAAUGGAGCUGGACACACAAAUAAAUCUGAAUGGCGAUGACAAUCAUGGCAGUCUUGUCAAGAAAAUCUUAGAAACAAAGAAAGAUUACGAAACGCAACCAGAUGCCACAAAUAAGGAUAAGAUACUGCUGUCUGAAAAUGGGAGGAAAAGGGAGAAGGAUUUAGUGACGAGGGAAAUUGAGAAGUUGCGGAGCUCCAUCCAGAUUUUAUGCCGCAGUGCACUGCCGCUAGGUAAAAUCAUGGACUACAUCCAGGAGGACGUGGACACCAUGCAGAACGAGCUGCACAUGUGGAGACGAGAGAACCGCCAGCUUGCAGAAAUGCUCCUGAGAGAGCAGAGUAUCACUGAUGCAGCUCUGGAGCCUCUGAAGGCAGAACUCGUGGAACUUGACCAACAGAUCAAAGAAAACCAGGACAAAAUCUGCACAGUGAAGGGAAAUAUUCUGCGCAACGAAGAGAAAAUCCAGAGAAUGGUCCGGGGUAUCAGCGUUUCAUCCAAAGGGUGAAUAGUAGAUAUGCCUUUUCCCCCACUUGUAGACUAUAUAUUUUUGCCGGUGUGUAAUAUGUCCUGUUUAAAAACUGAAACCUGAAUUUGUAUUCACACUUCUGUCACAAAUAUUUAUACUGAGCUAAAUCACGCGUUAAUAAAAUAUUUAUAAAUAA